CCUAGGAUCACUUUCGCAAUCAUGCAAUCUUCAAGAUCACUUAUGACAUGCUCAAGAGCGUUACAAUCAAUCUCUGGUAGAUCUUCCAUCUCUAUAGCACAAGCAAGACCUUCUCGAAUCGUAGGCACUGCCGGCACUAUCCAGUCCGGCUUGAGUCAGAGAAGAUGCUAUUCCGAUCGAAGGGAAGAAAAAGCAAAAGAUAGGAAUGCUGUAGGACCUUUUAAUAUACGAGCAGCAGUCUUAUUCGUAGGAACAGGAGUAGGAUUAUUCUGGUACUUCCAAAAAGAGAAAGCAGCAGUAGAAGAAAAGAAACGAGCCGAAUCUGCUCAAGCAAAGGUAGGAAGACCAAAGAUUGGAGGUCCGUUUGAGCUAUUACUACCAACGCCAAUCACUUCUGCUCAAGAUGCUAAAAAGGUUGAAGCCAGACGAUUCACAGAGGAUGACCUAAGAGGAUCAUUCAGUCUUAUCUAUUUCGGCUUCACAAAUUGCCCGGAUAUCUGUCCAGAAGAAUUAGACAAGAUGGCACAAAUUGUGGAUAACGUAGACGCAAAGCAUGGUCCAACAAUCAAUCCGGUCUUCAUCACUUGUGAUCCUGCUCGUGAUACAUUGGCAGCAACAUCGAUCUAUGCAAGCGAAUUUCAUCCUCGUUUGAUCGGUUUGACGGGCGAUUAUGAAUCGGUCAAAACGGCUUGUAAAGCUUAUCGGGUUUACUUUUCUACACCUCCAGGUGCAGAUCCAUCGGGAGAUUAUUUAGUGGAUCAUAGCAUCUUCUUUUACUUGAUGGACCCUGAAGGAAAAUUCGUUGAUGCUUUCGGACGCAGCGUUAAUGCUCAAGAAGCCACGGCUAAAGUUAUGAAUUACAUCGAUCAAUGGAAACAAGCUGGAAAUCCAAUAGAAACAGCAAAUGCAAAGGAAAGAAUACUGAAAGAUGAAUCACGCAAGAUUUAAUAAAAAGGAGUCGUGUUAGCUAGUCAUUCACCACUUUGAACAGCAAUGUAUAAAAUUGUAUAAAAGAUGACGCACUGGGUAUGAAAGUUUAGGUCUACAUGUCUAUUUAGUGGUGGGUAUAC